AUGUUCACCUCUAAGGAACCACUGGAAAAGGUGGUUUUUGGGAACAUAGUUAUAUACGAUGUUGUGUUCACGGCUGGGCCUCUUGCAAUCCUCGAACGUUUUGAAACACAUUUCCCAGGUAAAAGAAUUUUGUUUGGUGCGGAAGGUUAUUGCUGGCCGGAUGAAUCGUUGGCACCGGAUUAUCCACUUGUUGGAUUUGGAAAGAGGUUCCUCAAUUCUGGGCUCUUCCUCGGUUAUGCAAAGGAUUUUUACAAGAUGAUUACUUUGAGAAAAGUAGCCGAUGAUGAAGAUGAUCAGCUUUACUACACAAAGAUCUACUUAGACGAAAAGCUGAGGAAUGAUCUCAAAAUAGGACUUGACUCAGCAUCUCGCAUUUUUCAAAAUCUUAACGGGGUAACGGACGAUGUCGAAGUGCAAUUCGAUGAGGAUACUGGAGAAGCACUUGUAAGAUUGUGCAAUUAUUUUCACCUUCCAAAAUCAUCAAUCUUUACCUUUGAAAAAUGAUA